AUAGCAUACAGGUACAGGAAAGCCGCAGUGAUACACCUGACGUAUCGCUAAUCCACACGGCCAGGUCGUGUUAAUUAACAGGUCUUUGUUAUGGUAUUACAGUUGUGUACCUGAGCGCGUCCAUUACUACAAUAUCAGUGGAUAACCAGGGGAUUUUACAAAACACAUAAAGCAUAACCAUUGUCUACAGUUAGUAUUACAAAAUCUGCUGACGUCGACUCAACAUGGCGGAGGUGUUGUCCUGUCAGGAACACAUGACAACUAUAGGAGAGUGGAUGAAAACAAAAGAAAAGAACUUUUUGAAGAAACAUAAUAAUCAGGUCCCCGUCCACAAUAAGACCCCCCGCGACGAGGAGUUUCCUAGAGACCAACCCAAGGACUGUUACCUGUGCGCUGUUACAGAUGAAUACCUAGCAUACAUCCGGUUCCUCCAGGGCUUCACCGAGGGGAAACUAGACAAAUGGUGGCUGGAGAAUCUUUCCCUGCGUAAAUUGUACAAGGAAGAGAUCACGUCACCACUCGCAAAACUUAUUCCGAUCCCCCGGGUUAAUAAGCUGGCGACAACUGACAAAGGCCGUGGAGUGCUUAUACAAUGGGAAGUUCCAAAUGACGUCACUUCCGUUAUAAUCGAAGGGUUCUUGAUAGCGUACCGCCAAUGUGGUCUCGGUUCGACAAAUCAGGUCAAACUUGUUCCCGGAAGUGACAUAUCGAUACACGUGCUCACAGGACUACAAACAUGCACUCUUUACGAACUGAAAGUUGCAGCCUAUAUUGGCGAGGGAAAGGGACGCUACUCCAUACCAAUGAUCAUAAGGACUGGAGUACAAACUCCAGAAACCAUGCUUAUACAGAAAUCAACAGAACCUCGUUAUAUUCCAAAGAUAGUGAGGAUGUAUCCCGUAACAGACCCGGCAGGAAUCUACGUCAAGUGGACGCCGCCCACCCAGUAUUUCGGUCCUACUAUAGCCGGGUACGUGCUCGCCUUUAGGGAAGCCAAGUCACCCGACAAGUCUUUCCAGACCUGUUACAUCCGGGGAAUCAACUCGUCAUUUCACGUCAUCAAAGGUGUCCGUAAAGGGGUCGACUACGAAGUCAAACUAGCUGCUUACAAUCCUUCUGGUGAUGGUCCCUUUUCUCUAAAACGAUUGGUUCGCAAUUCGGGAGAGAGAAUCAGCAGCACUCAAGUCAAACAGAUCCUCAAGAAAAACAAGAUAAAACUGCCCACGUGACCGGUUAUUGAUGAUAGAUGUAAUUGUGACUAUGUUAUAUCAAGAAUGACCAAGAGAUGGCGCUGUGAAACCUGUUCUCAACCGUUGAUUGGACGAUUGACUUUACAUGAUAUGAACUGUUUCACUUUGAUUAAUAUUAACGUUGUUUUGUCACGUGACAUCGUCGGUACUCCACAUGUACUCGUUUAUGGGGAAGGAUUGGUAACAUGCCUUCCUUCACGAGCUGGGUCUACGUAUACUCCAACAAAGUUAGAGGUUUUACACGGCGAAAAACUUUUGACAGGCGCCGCGUAACCUCUAACUGCCCAUAGCUGAUUUUCCCGA